AUGGUGGGCGCGGGGCGCGGGGCCCGCGUCACGCCGAGCAGCGGGCCGGGCGCGCGGCGCCCUCCAUCCACGCCCGGCCGGGGCGCGGCGCGGCGGCGGGCGCGGGGGCCCCGGGCCGAGACGCCAGCCCGCGGCCCGCGGCCCCGCGGCCCCGCAGCGCAGCCCGGCCCGGCCGAGCCGCUCGCCCCGGCUCACACCCCCUCCCCCUCGCACGCCCUCCCGGCCUCCCCCCGCGGCCCGCGCGAGCCCGGUCCUCCCCGGCCGGGCUCCUCCCGCCGCCCCGUCCCCUUCCCCAUCGCCCCCCCCCCCGCCGCCCCCUGUACCCACCCCCCUCCCCGUUCGGCCCGCGAGGGCUGGGCGGGGGCCGCCCGCAGUCGGGGACCCUUCUGCGCCGCGAGGAGGCCGGCCCAGGUGACGGCGCGCGUGACCCCGGGCUCGGGGCCAGGAACCGGCGCGGAGGGAGUCGGGCCCUCCUGGGGGUGGCGCGCGCCGCUGUCGCCCCCUGCCUUCCCCGGCUCCUGGGCCUCCCCGGGGGAGCCUUCCCGCGUGGCCUCGAGUCCGGUGGCCUGCCCCGCGCCGCCCAGCGCGUGCCUGCGACCCCGGAUCGGGGAGGGCCCUGAGUGUCGUACAGCGUUCCGGAGAAUGACUGUCACCGGACAGACCGCCUCUGCACGACGUGAAGACUCGCUGUCGCUGUCGCUCGGGAGGAAGAAGGAGGGCUGCGGGAGCGAGCGCUGUCAGCAGCACAGGUGGCUCAGGUCCCAGGAAGCCAGUUGCAAACCAGAGUGUUGGGCUUGGGAAGAACCCAUCGUCCUUGGCCUGUAGGCCUGUGACUCCUAGUAGGUGCACCUUAUCACCAGCCCCCAUGUUUUCCCACUUUUUCUUCCCCAGUGCUCCCCCUUCCUGAAAACCAGUUCCUGCACCCUCUACACUUUGACCGACCUCCCUAUCACCCCCAAACAGCCCUUCCCACACAGCUGGGCCACUUGCGGGGACCUCUCUGGAGGGGUUUUAACGAUGCUGCCACCCCAGGCGGGCUGUCCAAAUUCAGUGCGGGGCAGAUACUUUACAGCAAUUAUGGUAGUGUGGAAAAGGACAGAGAAGGGCGGGCGUGGGGGUUGCUCCAGCAGUCCUCCCAGCACACCCUCGACAGGAUCUAUGAGAUUUUUGGUCUUCCUGAGAGAGGACUGGGCCAGGUAGAGGCCAUAAAUGAGAGUCACACACGUUGGAUGACAAACAUAAACAGCAACAGAUCAGAUUUGCAGGCUUUUGGAUUUGUUUCCAAUGAGACCGGUUAAGUGAAAAAAAAAAAAUCAGGUCUAAUUUUUAUCUCCGAGGAUGAUUGGCCUGCAGUAUUUCCAUUUCUAAAGGCCAGUUCCUGCUGUGUUUCAUUAGCAUUUGGGGCUCGCCCCCUCGCCCUCCCUCCUUCUCCCUCCACCCCCCUUGGGCCUGAUCUCUGCCAGGGGCAGAAAAGAAAACAUUGAAUUAUUACAAAAACAUCCCCAGUUUGGAGCAGGAGCGUAUGCUCCGGAUACACUCGAUUUUGACAUCAAUUAAGUAUAUAAGCAGACAAGCACACGUGGCUUUGGAGGGGCUCAGUCGCCCUGGGUGCAUCUCCACCAACGCUGUCUCCUCUUCCCUCUCUUUAGCUCUUGCUGCUGAUUCUACAGACAGCCUCUUCCUCGAGUGUAUUUUCCUCCAGCAAUUACACUCCUCCACUGAAAUCUAAAUUUUCCAUACUGCUGCCUGCUACUAAUAAAAACCGUCUACCUUGCACUAUUAAACAGUAGAAUCGCG